AUGAGUGGGAAAUCGAUCAAACCUCGAGGUGCUCCCUUACAGCCGGUAGAGUGGCCGGAACAACCGGAGGAUAAGUUGCAAAUUAACAUUUUCGGCGAAAUACAGGCAGCACGGAAUAGUCAACGAUUUAUCACUGUAGUUCAUGAUAUGCAUUCGAAAUGGCCAGAAAUUCAGACAAGUAAAGAUGUUACCACAGAGACAGUUAUUACGUUUCUUCGGACACUUUUUGUGAGAUGGGGUGUACCUAGACAAAUCAUUACUGACAAUGGGCCGCAAUUUACAUCCUACCGAUUUCAAGAGUUUUUGAAACAACACAACAUCAAGCACAUGCGUACCUCAUUUUACCACCCACAAGGAAAUGGGGGAGUUGAACGGUUCAACCAAGUGUUGAAGCAUGGAUUGGUAACACAUUUAGCUGAAGGAACAUCAGUCACGGAGGCCCUUCAAUCAUUUCUUUUCAAUUAUCGAGCAAAAAACCAUGCCUUAACUGGGAAGUCACCAGCAGAGUUGAUGAUAAGAAGGAGAAUGCGGGAACCGUUAUCAAUGCUGAACCCAAGUACCGCUGGAGAGAAAUUACAAAGUACUUCUUAUCAGAGGAUAUGGAACAAGAUUCACCUAAAACAAGCAAAGCAAAAAAGUGUAUACAGAUGA